AUGAAUCGAAAGCAACAACGCAUCACUUAUGGCAAUAAUCGUAAAGGGAAAAGGAUCGAAAAAACAACACGAAGAUUGUUCGAUACUUGUUUUGAAGAUCUUCCAAAUGAAAUAUUUUAUGAGAUAUGGGAAUAUCUAGACGGGUGUGAGAUAUAUGACAUUUUUUUAAAUCUUAAUGCACGUUUUCAAUAUCUUGUUAAUCAUUCGUUGGUUCCAUUGAAAUUGCAUUUUUCUUCGAUGAGGGAAGAUGUUCUACAAUAUCGAAUCAGAGAAAUUCUUCAACCUAAUCUGUAUCGAAUCAUUUCCCUUCGUGUAUCAGACUCCACCAUCAUCAAUCGUUUCAUUACAUUAUUUUCCAUCGAUUCACGGUUCACGAAACUGGAACGCAUUGCUCUGAAUGGUAUCAAAUCAGAUGCUUUCGUAUCAUUACUUGAAAAAUUCAUUUCGUUGCCUUGCCUCUUCUAUCUUUCUGCUCAUGUCAUCGAAAAAGAUCAAUCAAAUCGUCAUCAAAUCUCAAAACUGAUUUCUUGUAUGCCACUUUUAAAAUAUUCCAAACUAUCAUACGAAUCUUCACCAACGACGUCUCGAUACACUUCAUCUUAUUGGUAUAAAGAUUUAUUGAGAAUACAUUUGUUUCGAAAAUGGGGCAGAUUAAUUUUAAGAAGAAACUGGGGCAAUGAGCAACCUUGGGAUGAUCUGUCCUCACAAGACCCUGACUAUGAGGAUUGCUGUACAACUUUAAGUGUAUAUAGGCUCGAUUGGAAACCGUUUGAGCUUUUUCUUCAACAUGGUUCUAAUGAACUCGAAUAUUAUCUUGAUAUAAGAGACUUGUGGGUGACAUCGAGAGAUUAUUCUUAUUUGAAUGCUAAUCGAUGGAAGCAAAUUAUUCAUCUCAUGCCACGAUUAGUUGAAUUUCAUAUAAAUGCGAAAACUACAAAGAACCAAACCGUUACUUGUUGUAGGUUUAUCGAAGGAUUUCAAUCUCCAUUUUGGAUCGAACAAGGAUGGAUUAUCAACCAUUUUCAUCAUAAAUUGAGCCGUGGUUCUCGUCUGAUUUUUAAUUGUAUUAAACAUGAUCUUAAAACAAAAUGCUAA